AAUUUCUAAUGGCCCACGAACCCCAGUGUCUCCGAAUCACACCUAACUUGAGGCUUAAAAUGAUCUUACGCCCCAAAGCUUUGAACCCUCCGCUGGAUGCUACUCAGAACCAAAAUCAGACACCACAAGGAUAAGGUUCUUUCCCAGCUUCUUUUCCAUUCUGAAAACCAUCCAUUCCCCACAAAACUUCUCAACCCAUAUAAUUCAACAAGAAUCAGAUUGUGGGUUGGUUCCAAUUUCAAGCAUUUUCGAUUGCCCAUUAGGAUUUGAGUUGAGGGGUUUUGAUUUUGGUAAGGAAAUCGUUGUGGGAAUUCUUUUUUCAUGUGUUUGAAGAAAACCCAGUUGCUGAUUUGCGCUUGAAGGGCUGCAUGAGUGGGGAAAACUCCAUUUGUAGGCUCUUCAAGUUUGGGAGCUUGAACUUGAAGCAAAAGCAGCAGCAGCAGAAGCCAUGGCUAUUGGUUACACUCUUGCGCUCAGUCAGACCCACUCUUUCAGUUGUUUCAAAUUUUCAAUUCGUGAAGUUUCUUUAUCGUCGCAUUCUUCUAGAGUUCGCUAUCGCUUCGUUUCUUGCCGACGGUUGAAGAAUCUGAAUCAGACUUGCAUUUCUUCCAGCUCCCGGCUUCAGAGAGUCAUUUCAAAAUGUUCAAUAACCAACUCCGAUGUACAAUUCGAUCAAGUUGCUGUAGAAGAUGAUGUGCAAGAAGCUUUAUCUUCUGUAGAAGCUGAUUGUUCACUUGCAAUUGUGCAAUUGAAUUCUGGAUUCCUUGAGGCUGAUACUUUGACUCUACAGACAGAACCUCUUAGUUUAUUGACCGAAGGGACUUAUGUCGAUAGUCUUUUGACAACUUUGCCUGUUUUAUCUGAGGAGGAGCAGAAUGUUCUUGCAGCGACUCCAGCUCAUCCGGCUGGACUGUAUGCUUUAUAUGCCUCAUGUAUCGCGGGCAAUUUGGUUGAACAGCUUUGGAAUUUUGCUUGGCCUUCUGCCAUUGCAUUGCUUCAUCCUAGUCUUUUACCAGUUGCAGUUAUGGGAUUCUUUACUAAGCUUGCAUUAAUAGUUGGAGGUCCUUUGGUCGGGAAGUUUAUGGAUAAUUUUCCCAGAGUACCUGCAUAUACUUGCCUGAAUUGUGUUCAGGCUGCUGCUCAAUUGCUAUCUGCUUCAAUGGUUAUUUAUGCCCAUACUGUUCCACAUUCUGCUGCAUCAUCAUCCAUACUUCUCCAGCCUUGGUUUAUAACACUGAUUUUUGCUGGUGCCAUAGAGAGGCUAUCUGGAAUAGCACUGGGUGUUGCUAUGGAGCGUGAUUGGGUUGUGUUGUUAGCUGGAAUCAAUAGGCCUAUUGCACUUGCAGAAGCUAAUGCUGUUCUUAGUAGAAUUGACCUUCUCUGUGAGAUAGUUGGAGCAUCUUUGUUUGGCAUUAUCUUAUCUAAGUAUGACCCAGUAACUUGCUUGAAGUUCGCUGCGGGUUUAAUGUUAUGGUCCUUGCCAGUAGUGGUUCUACUUACGUGGUUAACCAACCAACUCUCCACUGGUGUUCUUGAUCGUGCAAAAUGUUUGCAAACUUGUUGCGGUGAUCCUACUGAAGUAUCUUCACUUGGUGCUGAGAGUAUAAUGGAUGUGGGUGUAGAAGUUAUUAAAAAUGGAUGGAAGGAGUACUUGCAGCAACCAGCACUUCCUGCAAGCCUUGCCUAUGUGCUCCUCUACUUCAAUGCUGUCCUUGCUCCUGGCAGUUUGAUGACAGCAUUCUUAACUCAGCAAGGUCUUAGUCCAUCAAUAAUUGGUGGUUUUAGUGGAUUAUGUGCUUUCAUGGGUGUUACUGCAACCUUUGUAUCCGCAAAUUUGGUCAGGCAAUUUGGAAUUUUGAAGGCUGGAGCAGUUGGAUUAAUAUUUCAGGCUGCACUUCUUACAGUUGCUGUUGCUGUGUACUUGAGCGGGUCUCUUUCCCGGCAGAGCCCUCUUCUUUUCUUCUUAUCUAUGAUUGUUUUAUCUAGGUUGGGACACAUGUCAUAUAAUGUUGUAGGGCAACAGAUUCUUCAAACUGGUAUUCCAUCAUCCAAAACGAACCUCAUUGCAUCAACAGAGGUCUCAGUCGCUAGUUUGGCAGAGUCUAUAAUGUUGGGAGUUGCAAUAAUUGCCAAUGAUACUUCACAUUUCGGAUUUCUAGCGAUGCUGUCACUGCUAUCCGUUGUUGGAGCGGCAGUGAUGUUCUGCCAGUGGUUGUUGAAUCCAACUGAUGAACAAAGAAAACUUUUCUCUUUCAGCUCUCAGUUCGAGAUGUCCUGAUGCUAAAGCUGUGUUUGACAUAAGCUGGAGCUGUUGGAUUCUUGAUACAUAGGACACAAAUUAAUAUGUAAAUUGGAAAGUCAAGCCCAUACCAUCCUCUCUUUAAUGUGCUCAAUUUACUUUGUGGGUAAAUGAAUACACAGUGAAAUGAAACAAUCCCCCCACAACAUAUUUCAAAAGCUAGACUAGACUCAAUAUCAAUUCUGACAUUGUACAUACAUUUCCUGUUCAUGUUGUAAAGCAAUCAGUUCAUUUAGCUUGAAUACUUUUUCCUUCUAUAGUGUGGAGAAUCUUUUAGUGAAGCUCCAUUUUAACCAAAAAAGGGGAAAGGAAAGAAGAAAAGGUCCAAGGGUAUCCUUUGAUCAUGUUACUUUUUCUUUUUAGCUGGAACAUGGCAAGAUUAAAGGACUGUUUAUUGUUUCAUGUUCUUCAUUUCAUUCUUGCAUAGUAAAUCAUCAUGAAUCCAUGAUCUGGAAGGAUCAAGAUUUUUUACCUCA